CGCCGACGCCGACUGUUUCAAUUGUUCCGUAACGUUCGUGCGAGUGAGUCGUGUUGAAUCCCAUCUUCUUGUGUUGUGCAGUUUUCAAGCACUGUGUGUUCUGUUGGUAGUUUUGAGCUUCAUCUUCAGUUUGGUGACUUGAUCUCAGCAGUAGACUUUAGAGUAUUGUUAGAUAAACCGUUAUUAUAUGCAAGAACGAAAGGUUCAACUUGAACAAUUGAAGAUCCGUCAUUGAUCGAGGUCCAUAGUUUGAAUUAUUCGAGCAAAAUGUUCCUUGAUACGUACCUGUUAAGUGUGGUGCAGCAAGAAUUCUUUGACGCAUCCAAAGCGCGAAGUACGCUUUUGGUGUUUUGCUGCACUUUAUCCUGUGUUUUAUUUCUGCAAUGGCUUUACCGACUGGUUUGCCAAAUCAAAAAGCUUCCACCCGGGCCAUGGGGGGUACCGAUUUUCGGGUAUCUCACCUUCAUUGGUCACGAGAAACACACGCAGUAUAUGAAACUGGCACGCAAAUAUGGCUCGUUGUUCAGUGCCAAACUAGGCGCACAACUAACGGUGGUGAUCAGUGAUUACAAAAUCAUUCGGGAGGCAUUCAAGACGGAAGAUUUCACCGGGCGGCCACACUCACCGUUGUUAAAGACACUCGGUGGUUUUGGUAUCAUCAACAGUGAAGGUCAACUGUGGAAAGAUCAACGUAGAUUUUUACAUGAAAAACUUCGAAACUUUGGUAUGACAGUUCUUGGAAACAGAAAGCAUCUUAUGGAACAUAGAAUCAUGACGGAAGUCGCCGAACUGUUGGCAGCAUUAAAUGAGGUCGGCAGCCAGUCUACAGACCUGAGCAAAUAUCUUUCCGUAUCGGUGAGCAACGUGAUCUGCAAUAUCAUCAUGUCGGUGCGUUUCUCUCUAGAGGACCCGAAAUUCAAGCGCUUCAAUUGGUUAAUCGAGGAAGGAAUGCGUCUUUUUGGUGAAAUCCACACUAUCGAUUAUAUUCCUCAAAUUCAGUACCUUCCUGGCAAUAUCAAUGCGAAAAAUAAGAUCGCAAAGAACCGACAGGAGAUGUUCGACUUUUAUCGGGAGGUGAUAGAUGAACACAAGAAAUCGUUCGAUGCCAGUCACAUCCGAGACAUCCUGGAUGCCUAUUUAGACGAGAUCCAAAAGGCCAAAGCAGAGGGACGUGAUGCGCUACUGUUUGAAGGAAAAGAUCAUGAAAUCCAAAUGAUGCAGGUGAUUGCCGAUCUCUUCUCGGCGGGUAUGGAAACGAUUAAAACCACUCUGCUGUGGUUAAACGUAUUUAUGCUGCGCCACCCGGAUGCGAUGAAACGAGUUCAGGACGAACUAGAUCAGGUAGUGGGUCGCAAUCGUUUGCCGAAAAUCGAAGAUGUACCGUACCUGCCUAUAACGGAAACCACCAUACUGGAAGUAAUGCGCAUAUCCAGCAUCGUACCAUUGGCCACAACGCACUCUCCUAAAAGUGAUGUCGUUAUCAAUGGUUAUACAAUCCCAGCCGGUUCAUAUGUGGUGCCGUUGAUUAAUAGUGUCCAUAUGGAUCCAACUUUGUGGGAUAAACCAGAAGAGUUUAACCCAAGCCGCUUUUUGGACGCUGAAGGUAAGGUUCACAAACCAGAAUUCUUCAUUCCAUUCGGUGUUGGACGACGCCGAUGUCUGGGAGACGUACUGGCUCGGAUGGAGCUUUUCUUGUUUUUUGCUUCCAUUAUGCAUACAUUCACUAUCGAACUACCAGAAGACGAACCAAUGCCAAGCUUGAAAGGUAUCAUCGGUGUUACUAUCAGUCCACAAGCCUUUCGGGUGAAACUGAUUCCACGACCAUUGAAUGCUGACCUCGACAGAGUGCGCAACAUUGGAGUUUAUUAGGUGCGCUGAACGGCUCAAUAUGGCUUCAAGAGCACGGUAUGUUCCUAUGCUUCAUGCAAAAUGACAAAAAAAAACGAACAUUAUGCUUUACAUCGUUAACAAGAUAAAAAAACUACCUACACGAAAAUUGAACACCUUAACUCCUUUAGAAACCUCCCAUGGCGGAGCAGUGAACAAUUAAAAUAAUUUGAGUGCCUGCAACUGAAUCGAAAGUACACUAACUAGUCACGCGUUUUUUGUUCGGAUAGUAAUUUUGUUGAAUCGUCCUUCUAAGACGUUGAGUUUGUUUGUAUUGUCAUAAAAACGGCAAUCCGCAUUUUUUAAUCGCAUUUUAAUGACAGUUAAUUAUUCAUACAUGCACUGAAUUUUACAAUAGAUGUUAAUGAUGCACUCAACAGAACAACGAACAAUUUUGGUACAAAUGGCGGGAGCCAGCAACACAUUGAACGAAAACAAAAUGGUUUACUACAUAAUUGUGCACACAAAAACCACAGCCACAUACACACAGAAAAUGUAAACAGUAUAGAUGAAAAAUUGAAGAAAACUCACGUGCCUAACGUGUUCAACAUGCUGAGUUCAGCAAAAAUCCGAACGAUGGUCAACUGGUUUUUACUGUACAGUUUCGUAGAAUCGUGUAUUUAUCAUAAGCUAAGACAGAAAGUAAAUAGCACACACACAGUGCUCAACAACAAUGGACAAGCAGUAACAUGAUCGUUGCCUCCCAAAAUAAUAUGUGUUCAGUAAAUUUUAGAUACAAAAAUAUGUUGACAUUUAUUUCCGUAAUAUUCCGCAUGGAUAGUACGUAUUUAUUAUUUUUCGUAUGUCAGAGUAGCAGUUAGGAAUACGAAUGAUAUGAAAAGUCAAAUUUUCAUAUGUUUAAUUAAAUUUUAUAAAUUCCUGUCUCGAGAUUGACGCGAUAAUUGUUAUGAAAUAACAAAACGAUUGAGAAAUUGAGCUUACUGAUGUUCGAGUACUUACAUCGGCUUAGCGCUCUUCCACAGUAUGUAUAGGGAAAAUUUAGUAUAAAGCCUUAUUUAAUAAUACGAUAGCAAGAUAAUACGAUGCAACGACUGAGGAAGCCUUCAUAUCUGGUAAACUAUGUUGUAACAAAUGGACGAUUACUGCUUCCUUCAAGCUUACACAUCUGAUCACAGCAUCUACUUGCAAAGCUGAACCCUGAGUUUGCAUUUAAAACACAUUAAAGUAAAUGAAUCAGUAUAAACACUUAGAUCUGAGAUAUAAAUAGGUUCGUCGCCUUCAAAUUAAUCUUACAAACAAGUACGUUGUGUCUUUCGUUGUUAUUUUUUCACUUGCAAAAAUUUCUAAAAACAUCGUUAGGGAAUGAUGGAGUGAAUCGUAAAAACUGACAAAAGUAAGAAUGCAAAUUACGCCACCCCGAUAUGUGGAAAAUCGUGCCAAAUGGAAGUAUUCGGAUUCCGUAGAUUAAGACCAUAAUUUGUUUUUAUGAAUGACUGAGAGAGAAAUGAAUGUGUAAUCGGAUUCUACAGUGUUAGAUCUUACAAAAUAUUGAUAGUUUAAAAAUAUUAAAGAACAUGUAAUGUGAUUAUUUAUAGAACAUCUGUUUUAAUCCUAGCCUUACUGUUGAGUCAACACCAAGAAUUGAUGACAAUCAGUUAUCGGCUGGACAAGUUUUACGAAUAAACAAAAUCAAUUAUAGGAAAA